AGUGUCCAGCAAUGACACACAACGUGUUUGUUUUUGGUACUCUCAAAAGGGGUCAACCAAACUUUUACCUACUAGAGGAUACAAGCAACGGUUUGGCGGUAUACCAAGCUGAAGGGGCUACGGAAGAAAAAUUUCCCGUUGUCAUAGCGAGCAGGUGCAACAUUCCAUUCAUGUUACCUGUGGCAGGUAAAGGCAAGAAUGUUGUCGGUGAAAUUUAUAAAGUGGAUGACAGCAUGUUAAACCGUUUAGAUAUCUUAGAGAGAAAAGCAGAAAUCCUUGACAGACGUGAAAUAAAUGUCAUAUCCAAUGGACGUACUAUAAUAUGCUGGUGUUAUCAUCUGGUUAACCACAAGAAAGAGCUACAAGAACUACCAACAAUCGAUAAUUAUGACACGAAUGGUUCACACGGCCUACCAUAUAUUCCCAAUUCUUUAGAAAUAUGUGACGAUUUCAGCGAUGUACAAAUACCGAAAUAAAUGAGAAUAACAUAAAACAGUGACGAUAACUAUCACAAUAUGUUAUGACAAAAGAUGACAAAUUAAUGCAAACAUAUUACAAUGAAUUGUUGUUUUUCAUAUA